AUUCCCAAAUUCCUGCGCCAACAUCAUUGGACGGACGCUUCUCCUUCUCUUUCCAAAAACCUUUCAACUCUUCACUUCUCCUAAAGCUCAUUUACAUGCCAAACAUGCCCUCAUCUCUCUCUCAUCCUUCACCCCAUUCAUCAUCCUCUUUCACUCAAUUCCUCAUCUAAUGAAAACAAUAACCUUCCACAGCUAUUUUACCUCACAACUCCCACAUUGCUUAGAAACCUAAACGAAGGGCACUUUAUAUAUCGAAAUUUGUGUUCUUGUGGAGCUUUUUUCUCGAUGACCAUGCAGUUCAGACUAGGCAAGCGCGUUUUCCGUGUCGCCACAUGGGUCUUCCGUCGGGUUCGGUUCAGAACCCGAUCCAACAGAUAUUGUCGUCUCGGAUCCACCUCUCCUUCGCACAGUUACAGUCAUAAUCCCAUGACGAAGCUUCUUACAUGGGGGACAAAGUUGAAGAGAGGAGCGCAGUCUCUCUGUAAGAAAUCCGGAUCGGGUCUCGUUUGCGAGAGGGCUCUGGCGGUGCCGAAAGGGCACUUGGCAGUUUACGUGGCCGAGGACAACGGCGAGUGUCGCCGGGUUUUGGUGCCAGUGAUUUACUUCAACCAUCCUCUGUUCAGCGGGUUGUUAAGGGAAGCUGAGAAGGAAUUCGGAUUCGAGCACCCCGGUGGGAUCAAGAUUCCGUGCCGACUCACCGAGUUUGAACGGGUCAAAACCCGGAUAGCGUCCGGGUCGGGUUUACGUGGGAGAACCCGAAGGUUGGGGUGGCGGCUGCAUUCUUCUUGACUGUUGUUGAGACGACGGGAUUUUGGUGAAUUGCGAAUUUACGAUGACGACGAUAAAGAGUUAUGCUUUUUUUCUUUCCUUUUUGUGUUAGAUUAGGUUGCAGUUAUUGUUUUUGGUUUCUUUUGAUCGGAAUUUCUUGGGGGUGGUGUUGUGCUCUGGUUGUUUGGGUAUUUUUUUAUUGGACAGGUUUGAACAUAAAGUAGAAUUAGGGAUACCAUAUGUAUAGAUUAAACUCUCACGAUAUCAUUUGAAGAAUUUUUUUU